AUGAAAACAAAUUUCACACCACCAUCAAAAAUAAUUAAAAAGAAUAUAUUUGAUUUAACAUUUACAAUUAAUAGUUUACCAACACAUUUAAUUAGAAAGAUAUUAUCAUAUUAUUAUAAUCACUGUUUAUCAAUGUAUGAGUAUAUUGAAAAGAGUAAAGGUAGUCAAUUCUCAGGAUAUAAAUUAAGAUUUCGUUGGAUGGAUUUAUGUUUAGUUUGUAAAUUUUGGAUGGAAAUGGUUAUGCCGUACCUACCGAAUACAUUCUAUUUUAUGGAUUCUCAGCAAAAGUUGGAAACCUAUUUAAAUCUAUGUGAAUAUGGUGGCACGUUUCCAAGACGUUAUUUAAAGCAAACUGUACUUCGUGUAUCAAAACCACCAGCUUCAAUAAAGAAAUACCCAUUCCACAUAAACUCGCUAGCAAUUUAUAUCAAUCGUUAUCAAAUGCCAAAUCAUUAUCAGCCAGAUACAAUCAUACCAGAAUUUAUCUAUCAACAAAUCUUAAAGAUAUCACCAGACUUGAAGAAUCUUAAAUUUCAAACUGCAAAAACUGAAAAAGAUUUAUACUACCUAUUGAAAUCAAUUAAUGAAUCUAUAACUCAAUCGAUUACACCAUUACUAUCAUCAUUGAAUUUCGAUUAUUCAAUAUUUUCAGCCUCAAUGCUUUAUCAACUUUGUAAAAUAAUAGAAUCACCAAAUUGUACUAUUACAAAUCUAUCAUUAAACAAUUGCACUUUGUCAACCAAUUCAUUAGGUGAAUUUAGUGAUGGCAUCAUUGAUGAUGGUGAUGAUGAUACAAAAGUUUCAUUCAUUACAUCAUUUAAAAAGAAUAAAUCAAUUACAACUUUAAAAAUGAAUGAAAAUAAUUUCUUUACAAAUUCAAAAUCAUCAAAGAAUAGAAUUUUAAUGGGUGGCACAAUUUUACAAUUUUUAAAAUUGGUUUUAGUAGAUUCAACUUCAAUUUCAAAUUUUCAAUUCAAUGGUAGUGAAAUAUUUUUAGAUGAAUUAAAUAAUGAAUGUAAUAAAAUCAAUUAUCUAACACCAAUGCAAUCAUCAUUUGAAAAACUAUCAUUAUCCCUAUUGAAUAUUGAUAGUUUCUUACCAUAUUUAGAAUAUUUAAUCACUAGUUCAAGUAAUAGUAUUAAAGAAUUGGAUCUUUCUCAUUCAAGAUUUUCAAAUUAUUCAAAUUUAAAUAAUUUAUUAAUUUCAAUUCAACAUUGUCAAUCAUUAUUAAAAUUAAAUUUAUCAUCUUCUUCAUUUAAUAUAAUUGAAAAUUCAAAUAAUAAUAAUAAUAAUGUUGGUUUUAUUCAACAUCCUCAACCACAACAACCACCAUUACCACCACAACAACAACAAGAUUUUAAUGGAAAUGGUGGUGAUGAUGAUGAAUUUUUUGAUGAAAAUGGUGGUGGUGGUUUUGGUGGUAAUAAUUUUGAUGCAAAUUCAACAAAUGCUUUUAAUGAAAAUUUUAAUGAUCAAACUUUAUUUAAUAGAUCACCAAUUGGUUGGGAAAGAUUUAGUUUUUUAUAUGGUACACAAUCGUUGAUUUCAAUUAAUUUAUCAUCGAUUAGAAUGAGAGAUGAAAAAGAGAUGAACUCAUUAUUUCAAUCAUUGUGUGGUUCACCUCAAAUUCAACAACUAUAUUUGAAUAGAUGUGGUUUAACAAGUGGUUGUUUAACUCAAUUAACCAAUUUCAUUAGACAACCAAAUUCAAAGUUAGAGCUAUUACAUAUUGGUAGUAAUGGAUUGGGUGGUGGUGGCUCGUCAAUUCAAAUUCUAUUAAUGGCAUUUCAAUUAAAUAAAUCAUUAAGUGAUAUCGAUUUAUCCUAUAAUAGUAUGACUGAUAUAGAGGGUUAUCAUAUUGCAAACUUUUUAAAAUCAAAUGUAUAUGGUGAUAAACAACAAAUUAGACAUUUAAAUCUUUCUGGUAGUAGUUUUAAAUUGGGUGCAAUCAAUCAAUUGGGUCAUGCUCUAAUGACCAAUAAUUCUUUGGUCUCUUUAAACCUUUCAAAUAUUCAAAUGGGUAUGUUGGAAAUUACCUAUAUCUUUGAUGCUUUGGUCUCUCAUCCAACUAUCUCUUUAUUAAAUCUUUCAAAUGUUGGUUCAAAUGAAAUGAUUACUUCUUUAGUUCAAACUUCUGCUUUGCGUUGUAAUGUAAUUUAUUAA